CUCUAUUAUCAGACCACAACAGAUGCUGGGCUGCCCUUCGAAAGACAACGAAAUCCGCGUGAUAACUUAAUCCCACUGAUAAGCGCCAUGGCGACCAGUGAACGUGUGGCCAAAGUGGUGCUUGUGGACAUCGAGGGCACCACCACCUCCAUCAGCUUCGUGCACGAUGUCCUGUUUCCCUACGCCAGGGAGAACGCAGAGAAGUACUUAAGGGAAUCCUGGGAAGGAGAUGAUACCAAGCAGAUUGUCCAGGAUCUGCAGCAAGUGCCUCAGUUUUCGGAGUACAAGGCCUCAUUAAGUGCUCCACCUGCGGAAGUAAACGUGGAAUUCAUUAGCGGCUUUGUGCGCUAUCUUAUCGAUAAAGAUCUGAAGGUUACGCCGUUGAAAACGCUCCAGGGAUUAAUUUGGGCUGAGGGUUAUGCCAGUGGAGAGCUUAAGGGGCAUGUGUAUGAAGAUGUCCCCGCAGCUUUUCAGACCUGGUGUUCUGCUGGCCUCAAGAUUGCUGUCUACUCCAGCGGUAGCGUGGCUGCCCAGAAGCUGAUCUUCGGGCAUAGUAUAGCCGGGAACCUGCAGCCCCACCUAAGUGCUCAUUUUGACACCCAUGUGGGCCACAAGCAGGAACAGCAAUCUUACGAUAAUAUAGCCAAGUUAUUGAAAGAGGAACCGCAAGAUAUACUGUUUCUCACCGAUAUUCCUGGAGAAGCGGAUGCAGCUCGGUCUGCUGGAUUGCAAGCCAUUAUCCUUCAGCGUCCUGGAAACGCCGCCUUAACAGAUGAUCAAAAAAUCAGCAACGAGGUGAUUCCGGACUUCAAACCACUUCACACCUUGAAGCUGCCGACAAAUAAACCACAGGCUUAGCUCAAUCCAAAAA